CCGGAUAGUCACGGGCACGCGCGUCGGGACGACAGGUCUGUGUAUUUGGAGAACGAAGGCAGAACGAAACGCUGGAGAGAGGAAUGAUGGCGGUGAAGGAGUGACAACUUUGGGAAUGUAAAUUGAACGGAGGAGUACUUAGCCGUCUCCAUAAGACGCAGAAAACGGAAACCGAGAUGACCGCAGACUAUGUGAACUGAAGAAAGGCGCCGGGAACAGCUCAGCGGGACUCAUGGCACAGUUCAAGUAGGAAAAGGGGGGCACGUAUGAAACUGCAAAGGAACGGGAUAUAAAAAAAUUUGGAACUAACUUGUUUUACGGCUGAUCAGUAAUCCGUCUGUUCUGCAUCGUCCAUUUCACCUCAGAAAAAUGAUCAAGACCGAAAGCAAAGGCGACAGGACCCUAAGGAGUGCGUCUCCUCAUAGAAACGCUUACAAGUCGGACUUUCACGCAAUUAAAUGCUCCUUUGAUGGGGCUAAAUCCGACAGUGCUCCCAAGUCUUAUGCAAAUGGAUCAAUCGAGGCACGGGAGGAGACGAGGGGCAGACCGUUCGGCAACAGGGUGAAUAAGAUCAAAAACAUUUUCUUACAAAUGGACGGCCAACAGCAACAGGAGAGCCAAGAGGUGAAAACGGCCAUUAAAAGCGAUUCACUGCAGGUUACUCUGCAAAAACCGCAAUUUGUAGCCAGUGCUCAUAGAGCUAGUUUGGGUAGUGUUAACAGCCCUGAGUCUCAGAGCUCGGACAGAUUGCCCAAGGGUGAUGAUGGGGAGAUUGAUAAAGCAGCACUGGCAGAGAAGUUUUCUGUGACCAGGAAAUUGUUUGAGAAGGGCAUCAAAGACAAGCCAACAGCUGAAAAACUCUCCCCAACUAAAGCAACAGGCCGGGUCUCUCUCUGCAGUGAGACCGAUGAGGGGAGGGCCAGUAGGCGAUGCUCUAGUUCUUCAGAGAUUGCUGCUGUUGAUAUCAGAGCUGAUCUCAGCCCUACCCCUCUUACCAAAACCGCCCAGCAGGAGGAUAGGGGCAACAGUGAGGAGAAGCAACAGGGUGCCAGGUCCUCUCUGAAUGCUGGCCCUAUCUCCAGAAGGCUGGAGAACUUCAUGGCGGACAGUGAUGGUGAGGAGACGUGCAACAAGACCACAUCUGGAGGAGUCGACAGUGGGAACCUGUGCAGCCCCUCUGAGCGCUUGUUGCCUACCUCCCCAGUUGGUCAUAGUCAACAUGUUCAGAAACCCACCUCCAGGGAUAACGAUGGUCUUUGCAGACCCUCUGCCGGUGCUGUCACAACCAAACCCUCCAGUCCUUCUGUGAAGGAUCUGAAACGGCUUCCAGCAUAUGCCAGCUCUGUCUACGGUCCCAGCAAGGCCAAGGAAGAGGGCAUGGCUCAGUGCGGCACUGGGGAGCAGCUGUCACAGCGAGCAGCCCCACUGGACACGGCAGGAGUAGGGGUGGUCCGAGCAGAGUUGGUGGUGGUCCAGAAUGAAUCCUCAGAGAGUGAGGAGACUGAGGACGGAAACCUUGAGGACAGUGUUUUUGAGGGGCCAAACACAGACCUCACAGGGGAGCCAAAAUCAGAAAGCUCAAGUGAGCUGAGUGGGGAUUCCCCAGAGGAGCUAAGAGGGUAUCAUGCAAAGGAGCACAAAGAAAACUCCCUUGAGGAGCUCAAGCCUGGUGCCCCAAAGGAGCCUGUGGUUGACCCUGUUAUUGAGGGCAGGAAAGAGUCUCCCACAAACCACUUUUCCAAGAAGGCGUCAGGUGAGGAAUUGGAGGACACGGAGAUGUUGAAAGAAAAGGAAAUAGGAAGUAGCAGUGAGAAGAAAUUGAGAUUGAUGGAGGAGCACAAGGACGAGGUCGGGCCAGUGAGCCAACAUGAGGAUUAUAGAGAGGAGGAAGAAGGUGGGGUGGAGGAGAGUGAUCUUGAGGAUCAGGUUGAACGGAGUCCCCAGGCGAUAGUUACCGCUGUUGUCUAUGGCAUUGAGAAUGCCGCCUUUGUGGAUGACAGGGACACUUAUCAGGAACAUCAUGAGGAGGACCAUCCAUCUGAAGAGUAUGAGGAGGUGCCUGGCCUAUCAGAUGAGGAUGACCCAAACCCAAGGAGGAAGAUACGAUUCACCACCGCACCAAUCCGGGUAUUCAGCACCUACUCAAAUGAGGAGUAUGAUCGGCGCAAUGAUGAGGUGGACCCUGUGGCAGCAUCGGCCGAGUACGAGCUGGAGAAGAGGGUGGAGAAGAUGGAUGUGUUUCCGGUGGAGAUCGAAAAGGGUGACAACGGCCUGGGGAUCAGCAUUAUUGGGAUGGGAGUGGGUGCAGACCAGGGCCUGGAGAAGCUGGGAAUAUUCGUCAAGACAAUAACAGAGGGUGGAGCGGCCGAGAAAGACGGACGCAUCCAAGUGAAUGACCAAAUCGUGGAAGUAGACUCCACCAGCUUGGUAGGAGUCACACAACUUUUUGCUGCCACUGUCCUGAAGAACACCAAAGGCACUGUCUGCUUCCUGAUUGGCCGGGAGAAGUCCGGGGUCCAAAGUGAGGUGGCUCGCCUCAUUAGUGAAACUUUGGAGCAGGAGAAGAGCCAACAACAGCAGUGCUUGGAUGAUCCCUAUGACCACUCUACAGAUGAGGAUGAACGCUAUGGGGAGGAGGUUGGGGAGGAGGAGGAGGUUCUGAGGUCAAGCUUUUCAAGGAGAUCAGAUGAGGUGCUGGAUCUCCCCGAACACGAAGACAUGUUUUUACCCUCCAACAUGGACUCUGCACACCUUGGAUUCAAAUUUAAAGAGCUCCAACUGAAGCACAGCAUAACCUCAGCUGAACUCUGUCAAAUGAAGGAGAGGCUGAAGGCAUCGGAGGAAAGCAAAGAAUUAUGGGAAUCCAGGCAGACCCAGGUGCAGCAGAACCUGGAGGAGAAUCAGGAGCGUAUUCAGAAGCUGGAGGCAUAUUGGUUGGAGGCGCAGGUGCUGUGCAAAACGCUAAACGAGCAUCUGACGGAAACACAGAUCCAGUACGAGGCUCUGGACAAGAAGUACAACAAAGCCAAGAAGCUUCUGAAAGAUUACCAGCAAAAGGAAAUUGACUUUGUGAAGAAGGAGGAGGAGUUGAAGCGAAUUUGGGAGGAGCAGGAAAGGAAAUACAAAGGGCAAAUCGAGGGCCUGCUGGAGAGGAUUGCAGUGCUGGAGGCUGGAGCUGCCGCAGAAGAGAAUGCGGGAUGCCCCACUGGUCUAGAUGCUGUGGUGGAGAGGAGCUUGAGCAGCCAGGUGUCCACUGAGUUGACCAAGAAUGCGCAGUCAGAGGAGCCCUUGUUGUCAGAUCCAGACUGGGGAUACGCAGUUCCCGAGACAGAGCUUCUGGACACCAGUGCACACCGUGCAAAGGGGCAGCUUGCCCAGAAGGCCAAGCGGCAGCCUCCAUCCCGCAGCAAGCUGAAGGAGACAUUUGAGGCAGCAUUACCCAGCCAAGCAAUGGAGCAUGAGGAUAAUCCGGUCCCAGAUUCAGAGCCUCCUAGGCGGAGGAGAUCCAUUCAGGAGAGCCUGGCCCUCCCAGUGCCCAUUAUGGGACCUGGGGUCGAGCAGAACAGUGAAAGCCCUGAGAUGACAGGCCCUAGGGCCAAGGGCAGUUCCGAGGUCUUGGCCUCUCCAUCCCUGCUGGCCAGCAGCAGCACCAGCCCUGCCCUGACACCACCCAAAGAUGUGCCUUCCCCGCACUCUCCCUCAGGCUUCCUGCGAAAUGUCAAGAAGAGGGAGUCCAAGGGCAAGGGCAAGGAGACAAAAGAUGAAGCAAAUGACAGUUCAUCAACUGGAAAACCAAAAAGAAGAUUCCCUGACUUUGGUGGUCUUCGGAAGUCUGGUGGCAAAGGGAAGAAGCAUGACAAAGAGGCUGUCAGGAGUUCCCUGGAGAGCAGGGGGUCCACAGACUUGCUGGAAGAGUCUGGUGGGAACCUUUCACCCUCAGAAUCUGUGUCAUCCAUCCCCACCUGCAUGCCCUUCUCCUGGUUCGGGGACAAGGACAAGGAGCCAUCGUCAUCGAGCGGCAGCCUGCCCUACACAACGACCGAAAACAGCAGCGAGCAGAGCCAGGACAGGAAGCACAAGACAAACCUUUCCUGGUCUUCUUUAUUCAGUCGCUCAAUAGAUUUGAGUUUGUCUGUCAUAGAUGAUUCAAACCCUGGAAGUCCCCUCUCGGACUUGACAGGGCUAGUAGCGGAGCCCAGUCUGUCUGGGCGUUCGCACACUUUAACCUUCUCUUCCAACGAGACCCUGGAUGAUGAGCCUGCCCCCACGAGCAAAGAACACCAGUGGCAGAACCGCCCAGUAUCUGAAUGGACAACUCAGCAGGUCUGUCAUUGGCUGAUGGGUAUGAACAUGGACCAAUACACACCAGAGUUUACAGUGAAGGGUGUGAACGGCCAGCAGCUCAUGCAUCUGGACAGCGACAAGCUCAAGGCACUAGGUGUUUUGAGCCAGAGUGACCGUGCCACCAUCAAGAAGAAGUUGAAGGAGAUGCGGAAGGUGCAGGAGAAGUUGGAGAAACAGCGUGAGAAAAAAGAGAAAGAGGCCAGACGCAGUGGCAAGCUGCCGGUCAGCACAGACUCUACCUGCUGAGCUCUGCUGCCCUCUGCAUUCCCACCCCGACCAGCAGUUAGUUCUGUCACAUCUAGUCACUUUACCAUUCCACUUACUCGUAUGCCACUGCUAUAACCAACUGACAAAGUGCAGCAAAAAGCAUUUUCUAGAACUUUUUUUAUUUGUAACUACUCUAUGGCAUUAAUUAAUGGCCUAAUUGUGAUUGCUUUAAACCCAGAAACUAACUAAUUUUAACACCUUUCAAUGAAUAUAGCUUCACACUACCAUGUGAUUGCAUCGCUGCCCACUGGGAUGCAGCCGUCCUUGUCCGUCUAAUAAUGUCCACCCACUCCUCCCCUCCUUGUGUUCCAGCAAUCAGCCCCUUCUACAGUCAUUCCUCCGUUGUGUCACUAAAAGAAUGAUCAGUGUAGCAUGUUCCACAGCUCUAAAGAUGGACAUACGCAUACUCACAAGCUUACUGUGGGGAAGAGGGUGGGGUGGGUUAGACAGGUCAGUGGCAUUAUGCUUGACAUGGGGCUGCCUAACUAAUGACUUGUCAAAUGUACUGCUCUUCCACAGAUUGCAUUUUAUCCUAAAAGCAAAACUCACAUUCCUGGGUAGUUCACUUUUGAAGGGAACCUCAAGGUUGAUUGUAGUUGCACAUGUCAACAAAUGCUUUGAGUGUUGCCCUGCAAUUUAAAUGACUUAGGUUGACCAUUUUACUUUACCACUUUAUUUCCAAUUGGACAAAAGCAAUACCUCAUUCUUAAAGGGUUUCCAGAAACAAAUGAUUAGAGAAUUGUGCACAUGCUGUCCUCUUUAACUUCAGGAUGGAAUAACACUAGCUUUUUAUGCAUUUUAUAUAGUCUGGCAAGAAUAUAACCUGUAGCUAUGUACAGAUCUUGUCUUACAGGAGCAUUGUACAGUUAUUGAGAUAAAAGCACUAUAUUGCCUUUGAAAACUACAAAAAGGGUGACAAGGUUUUAAAUGUAUAAAUAAAAGGUUUUAUACAUAUGCCUAUUAACUGCAUAACUUAAAACAUUUUUAUUUCACGACAGAAGAAAAGUUGAGCGUUUAAGGUGUAUGUUUUCUACUGAGUAGAAUAGGCAGUAGUAUGGGACCACUUUUACAAAAGAAAGCAAUGUUUACAGGAUUUCUUUUUUUCAUGCAAGGGAACGGUUAACAGAGGAUUGGUAGAUUCUGUAGUCGAGUGUAACUGGUUUAAAAUGGCACCCAGGCUGCUAUUCUUGACUCCAUAGCACCUGCUCUUGAUUGUGGGACUGCAUAAAUGCUUGAGGCAUGAGAGCUGGGUAGAAUCACAUCUUAUCAGCCCUCAAUAUUAGUACAUAAUCUUUAGACAUGCCUCACAGCAAGACGAUCAGACACUCCUUGAAUGUCUAUGUGAAUGGAUUCUUCUUUGAUCAAAUUAAGUACUGGACAACACAUUUUUAAAUAAUCAUUAGAAAAAGGGAUUCUGCAACAGUUAUCCUCCUGCAGUUCCCAUGAGAAGAGCUAGGCUACCAGUUCUACCCUAUGGUACAUAAUGUAUAUGCGGCACAAAUAAACUCCCUUUUCUCGCUAUGGCAUGUU